AUGGCUUCCGACCCUGACUUUGAGGCGGAAAAAGCAGUUGCUUCUGCCAACCGCGGGGGUAUGAGCAGUUGGUUUAGCGCCAACACGAAAGAAGACAAGUUGGAAGAGGCAGCGCAGCUUUACGAAACUGCAGCAAACGGCUUUAAAAGAGCGCAACAAUUGAGAAAGGCCGCUCAAGCCUUCGAAAAGGCUGGCGAACUUUAUUUGUCCUACGGCGAAAAAUACAAAGCAAAAAGUGCUUUUAUAAAGGCUGCCUCGUCGUAUGCCGACGCGUCGACGGUAGUAUCGUCGAACCCGCUGCCAUCUAUCAGCUCCCUUUCGGCACCUCUGCGAUCUGCACCGCUGGGAAGUGAGGAAGCAAUAGCAGAACAAGAAGCAGAUAAAAGAAGGAAACAGCACGAACUCCUAAACCCGCCGAAAGCAUCCGAAGAUGUCAAAAGAGAUAAUCGAGAUGCAUUGAGAGUGGCGCAACGCGCUCUGUCAGCUGCCGAGGAUGAGCAAGGAAACACACAGCAUCAAAAGGCCAAAGUACUGGAGCAAAUAGCAGGAAUCCAUGUAGUGCUUGAAAACUAUGAAGAAGCUGAGAAUACUUAUGGUCUGGCAGGAGUCGCUUAUGGUACUCAAGCGUUACCGAUUAGGACAUUCAUAGCUGGUGGAGAGAAAUUCGCCAAAGCGGGAGCAUAUCGUUCUGCAGCGCGAAUGUACGAGGCAGCAGUGGCUAAGGAGAAGUCGGAUCCAAAUCCAUCAGCAUCAACAGCAGGUAAUGCGGUAAGAUACCUGUGCAAAGCGGCUUUUUAUCACUUUGCCACCGGGGAUUUUGUUACCACACGUCGGGCCCUUGAAAACUACUGCAACAUUGAUAGGAAAUUCGGGCAGACGCCUGAAUUUCGUCUAUACAUGGAUCUCAUGGAAGCUUUGCGAGCGAACGACGAGAAAGGGUUCCGUCAAAUCCGAGAGCAAUACCAGAGAACUGCCCCCACAGAUGAUCAGAGGGAUGCGAUCUUGGAAGCCAAGGAGAACAGUCUCACUACACCAAAUGUUGAUGACGACUUUUCGUAA